GUACAGUUAUUGACAACGAAUUUUCUGAGCGAGAAAGAAUCCCUACACUCCCUUUGUCUUCUUUCUUCUUCUUCGUCUUCUUCUUCUUCGCUUUGCACAAAUCACGAUGACCCCAAGCAUGAUCCGAUGACCACCACUUUACUCUACAGUGGACUUUGAACCACGCCCAGCGACCCCACCCAUGUCGACCUUCAUCGGAAUCCGAGAGGUUUACCCCAACGGCAAUGGCUCUGCGGCGACCAUCUCAGAGACCAAUGGUAGCCUCUACUCUCCGGCGAAAGAGAAAGCCGCCGCAAGAGGCUUCUACAAUGGCCGCUCAUCGCUUUUCAUACGACGGCUCCGCAAACUCCUUAGCACGGUUAAGCUCAGGCUGCUUCUGGGUCUCUGCAUAUUCUGCGUCGUCGUUUGGAUGAUCGCUAGGCUUAGCUCUUUGACGGGUUGGAUCCCCUACUACCCUUCUUCUUCCUUCACUUCUAUUUCAAGGGGUAGAUAUACGGUUCUUAUCAACACUUGGAAGAGGAAUUCUCUUCUGAAGCAAUCUGUUGCUCACUAUGCUUCAUGUAGUGGUGCUGAUGCAAUACACGUGGUGUGGAGUGAAUCCAAUCCCCCAUCAGAUGGUCUGAAAGCCUAUCUGAAGAAAACCGUUUUAUCCAAAUCACAGACAACUCGCAAACCCAACUUCGAGUUUCAUAUAAAUGGGGAGGAUAAUUUAAACAAUAGGUUUAAGCCAAUUAGAGACCUCACCACUGAUUCCAUUUUCUCUGUUGAUGAUGAUGUGAUUGUUCCAUGUACCACCCUCGAUUUUGCUUUCACCGUAUGGCGAAGCGCCCCAUUCACAAUGGUUGGUUUUGUCCCUCGCAUGCAUUGGCUGGAUAAAGAGAAGAAUGGUGUAGCAAGUUAUAAAUAUGGAGGAUGGUGGUCAGUUUGGUGGAUGGGCACCUAUAGCAUGGUUCUCUCAAAAGCUGCAUUCUUUCACAAGAAUUACUUGGACCUGUAUACUAAGGAGAUGCCCUCAUCAAUAUAUGAUUAUGUAACCAAGCAGAGAAAUUGUGAAGAUAUAGCCAUGUCACUGCUUGUUGCCAAUUCCACUGGUGCUCCUCCAAUUUGGGUGGAAGGUAAAAUAUAUGAGAUUGGAUCAUCUGGAAUUAGCAGUUUGAAAGGGCAUAGCAAGAAGAGGAAUAAAUGCCUUAAUGAUUUCAUUUCCAUGUAUGGAAAAAUGCCCCUGGUACCAACCAAUGUUAAAGCUGUGGACGCAAGGCAAAAAUGGUUCUGGUAGGUCUUUAAGCAGUUUAUUUUUUCUUCUUACGGUUCAGUAUCUGUAUAUAUCUACAGAUUGUUUGUAAAUACCCUUUUUGAGUCACGGAUUCAAUAAUACAAAAUGAACACUAGUUUGUAUAUCGAUGGUGUAUAAUGCAAGGGGAAAAAACAAAAGGGAAAAUAUAAAGAGAAAAGUAAAAAAAAAAAAAAAAAAAAAAAAAAAAAA